GCGUGCCCGGUGUCCUAUACGUCAGAGCUGCGCGCAACCUUUCUUCCUUUCUCUCGACCUGAAGAUGGCGGCAGGGACUCUCUACACCUACCCAGAGAACUGGAGAGCCUUCAAGGCUCAGAUUGCUGCCCAGUACAGCGGAGCCCAGCUUAAAGUGGCCAGCACGCCCCCUGCCUUCACCUUUGGACAGACAAACCGCACCCCUGCCUUCAUCAGCAAUUUUCCCUUGGGCAAGGUUCCAGCUUUCCAGGGUGAUGAUGGAUUUUGUCUGUUUGAGAGCAACGCCAUUGCUCACUACCUGAGCAACGAUGCCCUGCGCGGCAGCACUCCCCAGGCCAGCGCACAGGUAUUGCAGUGGGUGAGCUUUGCGGACUCGGAGAUCAUCCCUCCAGCCAGUGCCUGGGUCUUCCCCACCCUGGGAAUCAUGCAGUACAACAAACAGGCCACAGAGCAGGCCAAGGAGGAGGUGAAGCGGGUGCUUGCAGUCCUGAACCAGCACUUGAACACCCGCACCUUCCUGGUGGGGGAGAGGGUCAGCCUGGCUGACAUCACUGUUGUCUGCUCCCUGCUCUGGCUCUACAAACAGGUCCUGGAGCCUGCCUUCCGUGAGCCCUUCCCCAACGUGACACGCUGGUUUGUGACCUGCAUCAAUCAGCCACAGUUCAAGGCCGUGUUGGGAGAAGUCAAGCUCUGUGACAAAAUGGCGCAGUUUGACGCCAAGAAGUUUGCCGAAAUGCAGCCUAAGAAGGACGCACCACCAAAGAAGGAGAAGGGCAGCAAGGAGGGAGGCAAACAGCAGGAGAAGAAGGAAAAGAAAGAGAAGAAGGAAGACAAGAAAGCCUCUGCUCCAGCCCCCGAGGAGGAGAUGGAUGAGUGUGAGGUGGCACUUGCUGCAGAGCCUAAAACCAAGGACCCUUUUGCACACCUGCCCAAGAGUACAUUUGUGUUGGACGAGUUCAAGAGGAAGUACUCCAAUGAGGACACUCUGACUGUGGCCCUACCCCACUUUUGGGAGCACUUUGACCGUGAGGGUUUCUCCAUCUGGUAUGGGGAGUACCGUUUCCCCGAUGAGCUGACCAUGACCUUCAUGAGCUGCAACCUGAUCACAGGAAUGUUCCAGAGGCUGGACAAACUUCGUAAGAAUGCCUUUGCUAGCGUCAUCCUCUUUGGCUCAAACAACGACAGCAGCAUCUCUGGCAUCUGGGUCUUCAGAGGCCAGGACCUAGCCUUCACUCUUUGCGAAGACUGGCAAAUCGACUACGAGUCCUACAACUGGCGCAAGCUAGAUGUGGACAGUGAGGAGUGCAAGACCAUGGUGAAGGAAUACUUUGCAUGGGAGGGGGAGUUUAAGCACGUGGGCAAGCCUUUCAAUCAGGGCAAAAUCUUCAAGUGAGGGGAUUGCAUCUGUCUUACUCCUUUCCCUGUAUCUAUCAAUACCUCCAUCGAAAGACGUGCAACCGUAUAAUAGCCCAUGGCAACGAGGGAAGGGGGGAAUCGACCAGUUUUGGAGACAGCUGUGUGGAGCCACAGGAGGGAAGGAUGUUUGAGAUAUGAAAUAAAAAAAAACUUUUCCAAAA